GAUACAAACUCAGAAGAACAAGUAACAAGAAAGUACAAUUUUCAUCAAAUAAGCAGUUUCAAAACAUGUUAUAGAAAAGUGCCAUUAUAAGUACAAUUUAAGUGCUGUGAUUUGUUAGUGCUACGGUUUGCUAGUGUUUUAGUCAAGGUAGAGUCUAAAGAGGUGUGUCUUGAGUUUUUAGCAGAAGAUGUAAAGGUUCUCUGCAGUCCUGAUGUCAUCAGAGAGCUCGCUCCACCAUCUGGGAGCCAGGACAGCAAAGAGUCGCAAUCUCACCGAGUGCUUUUCUUUCAGUCAGGUAGAAACAAGCAGCUUGGCAGAUGCAGAGCAGAGUGUGCGGGUUGGAUGUAGGGUUUCACCAUGUCCUGGAUGUAGAUUCACAGCAUUGCAGAGCCAGCACAUUGAUAAAAGAUGGCGUUGCCAAUGCGUGUCCUGGUGACGGGUGGAUCCGGGUUGGUGGGAAAAGCCAUUGAGCAUGUGGUGCAGCAGGAAGGUGGGAAACUGGACGGAGAAGAAUGGAUCUUCCUCUCCUCCAAGCAAGCUGAUCUUGUAGAUGUUGAGCAGACCAGGGCUGUGUUUGAGAAGUAUCGUCCCACUCAUGUCAUCCAUCUGGCCGCAAAAGUCGGAGGCCUCUAUCUACACAUGAGGGAGAACCUGCAAUUCUUGAGGGACAACAUCAAAAUCAAUGACAACGUGCUACACACUGCCCACGAGUCAGGUGUGACCAAAGUCGUGUCCUGCUUGUCCAGUUGUAUCUUCCCUGACAAAACCACGUACCCCAUCGACGAGACCAUGAUACACAAUGGAUCACCUCAUGACUCCAACUUUGGAUACUCGCACGCAAAGCGGAUGAUUGAUGUUCAGAACCGGGCAUACUCUCAGCAGUACGGUCAUUGCUACACGGCGGUCAUCCCAACCAAUGUUUUUGGUCCACAUGACAACUUCAACAUAGAAAAUGGUCAUGUGCUGUCGGCACUCAUCAACAAGACGUACAAGGCCAAAAAGGAAGGAACUCCAUUGACGGUCUGUGGCUCUGGAGCUCCUAAAAGGCAGUUUGUCUACUCCCUGGAUUUGGCUCGUCUAAUCAUUUGGGUCCUGAGAGAAUAUGAAGAAGUUGCCCCCAUUAUCCUCUCUGUGGGUGAGGAGGAUGAAAUCUCAAUCAAAGAAGCUGUGGACAUGAUCACAAAGGCUGUCGACUUCAAAGGAGAAAUAAAUUUUGACACCACCAUGUCAGACGGCCAGAUGAAGAAAACCGCCAGCAAUGCCAAGCUGAGGCGCCUCCUGCCCGACUUCUCCUUCACACCCCUCAAUGAAGCUAUAAAGAUGACAUGCGACUGGUUCGAGACCAACUACAAGAAUGCCCGAACAUGAAGUGACCCACCAUUGGCAGCAUUCUUUGGUUCUGGUGUGAUGCAAGUUGUUAUGACUGUCUCAUAUUGAUACAUUUAGUGCCACAUUAAACACA